UCUCUUAGGGGCGCAGGAGAGGGGGGUAGAGACAUGCUUGUUGCCCCUGGAAGCUGCAAGUGCCCCCCAACUGCAAGCCGGGUUAGUGGGGAGGCGGUGGCAAUAGCCGCGAUAGUUGCAUCAGCGCUAACUGCUGCUGCUGCCUUGACUGUUGGCCGCUGCCGGGAGGGUACAGUAAUGACUGUAGGGAGCGCACAGCUGCUGCGGCGGCAGGUUCCCUGGAUCAGGAAAUUAGGACAGGCACCGGGGAUUGGAGGCGAGGGCGGCGCGUGAGCCAACCAGCGGCCGCCCCGGGCCCCCGUGCGCCUCGGGCGGACGCGCUGAGCAGCCGGGCCCCUGAAGCAACCCGGCUGGCGGCCACGGCCACGGCCAUUCACGCACCCACGCUCACACUCGCACACCCGCGACCCAGGCACCCGGCUGCGUGGCUGGUAACUUGUUGUGCGGAGCGAACGGCAACGGCGGCGGCACCAUCCAGGCGGGCACCAUGGGCACGUCCGCGCGCUGGGCGCUCUGGCUGCUGCUCGCGCUGUGCUGGGCGCCCCGGGAGAGCGGCGCCACCGGAACCGGGAGAAAAGCCAAAUGCGAACCCUCCCAAUUCCAGUGCACCAACGGCCGGUGUAUUACUCUCCUAUGGAAAUGUGAUGGGGACGAAGACUGUGCUGAUGGCAGUGAUGAAAAGAACUGUGUAAAGAAGACAUGUGCUGAGUCUGACUUCGUGUGCAACAAUGGCCAGUGUAUUCCCAACCGGUGGCAGUGUGAUGGGGAUCCUGACUGUGAAGAUGGUUCUGAUGAAAGCCCAGAACAGUGCCAUAUGAGAACAUGCCGCAUAAAUGAAAUCAGCUGUGGCGCCCGUUCCACUCAGUGUAUCCCAGUGUCCUGGAGAUGUGAUGGUGAAAAUGAUUGUGACAGUGGCGAAGAUGAAGAAAACUGUGGCAACAUAACGUGUAGCCCUGAUGAGUUCACUUGCUCCAGUGGCCGCUGCAUCUCCAGGAACUUUGUAUGCAAUGGCCAGGAUGACUGUAACGAUGGCAGCGACGAGCUCGACUGUGCCCCACCCACCUGCGGUGCCCACGAGUUCCAGUGCAGCACCUCCUCCUGCAUUCCCAUCAGCUGGGUGUGCGACGAUGAUGCAGACUGCUCUGACCAGUCCGAUGAGUCCCUUGAGCAGUGUGGCCGCCAGCCGGUGAUACACACCAAGUGCCCUGCCAGCGAGAUCCAGUGCGGCUCUGGUGAAUGCAUACACAAGAAGUGGCGGUGCGACGGGGAUCCCGACUGCAAGGACGGCAGUGACGAGGUCAACUGCCCUUCUCUAACCUGCCGGCCCGACCAGUUUGAAUGUGAGGAUGGUAGCUGCAUCCACGGCAGUAGGCAAUGUAAUGGUAUCCGAGACUGUGUAGAUGGUUCUGAUGAAGUCAACUGCAAAAAUGUCAAUCAAUGCUUAGGCCCUGGGAAAUUCAAGUGCAGAAGUGGGGAAUGCAUAGAUAUCAGCAAAGUAUGUAACCAGGAGCAGGACUGCAGGGACUGGAGUGAUGAGCCCCUGAAAGAAUGUCAUGUAAAUGAAUGCUUGGUAAAUAAUGGUGGAUGUUCCCACAUCUGCAAAGACCUAGUUAUAGGCUACGAAUGUGACUGUGCAGCUGGGUUUGAGCUGAUAGAUAGGAAAACCUGUGGAGAUAUUGAUGAAUGCCAAAAUCCAGGAAUCUGCAGUCAAAUUUGUAUCAACUUAAAAGGCGGUUACAAGUGUGAAUGUAGUCGUGGCUAUCAAAUGGAUCUUGCCACUGGCGUGUGCAAGGCAGUAGGCAAAGAGCCAAGUCUAAUCUUCACUAAUCGAAGAGACAUCAGGAAGAUUGGUUUAGAGAGGAAAGAAUAUAUCCAACUCGUUGAACAGCUGAGAAACACCGUGGCUCUCGAUGCUGACAUUGCUGCUCAGAAACUCUUCUGGGCUGAUUUAAGCCAAAAGGCCAUCUUCAGUGCCUCAAUUGAUGACAAGGUUGGUAGACAUGUUAAAAUGAUCGACAAUGUCUAUAAUCCUGCAGCCAUUGCUGUUGAUUGGGUAUACAAGACCAUCUACUGGACUGAUGCGGCAUCUAAGACUAUUUCAGUGGCCACCCUAGACGGAACCAAGAGGAAGUUCCUGUUUAACUCGGGCUUGCGUGAGCCCGCCUCCAUAGCUGUGGACCCGUUGUCCGGCUUUGUUUACUGGUCAGACUGGGGUGAACCAGCUAAAAUAGAAAAAGCAGGAAUGAAUGGAUUUGAUAGACGUCCGCUGGUGACAGUAGACAUCCAGUGGCCUAAUGGGAUAACGCUUGACCUUAUAAAAAGCCGCCUCUAUUGGCUUGAUUCUAAGUUGCACAUGUUAUCCAGCGUGGACUUGAAUGGCCAAGAUCGUAGGAUAGUUCUGAAGUCUCUGGAGUUCCUAGCUCAUCCUCUUGCACUAACCAUAUUCGAGGAUCGCGUCUACUGGAUAGAUGGGGAAAAUGAAGCAGUCUAUGGUGCCAACAAAUUCACUGGAUCGGAGCUGGCCACCCUAGUCAACAACCUGAAUGAUGCCCAAGACAUCAUUGUCUAUCAUGAACUUAUACAGCCAUCAGGUAAAAAUUGGUGUGAAGAAGACGCAAAGAACGGAGGAUGUGAAUACCUGUGCCUGCCAGCACCACAGAUUAAUGAUCACUCUCCAAAAUAUACCUGCUCCUGUCCCAAUGGAUACAGUCUUCGGGAAAAUGGCCGAGAGUGUCAGAGGAUCAAUGUGACCACAGCAGUAUCAGAGGUCAGCGUGCCCCCAAAAGGGACUUCUGCUGCCUGGGCCAUUCUUCCUCUCUUGCUCUUAGUGAUGGCUGCAGUUGGUGGCUACUUGAUGUGGCGCAAUUGGCAACACAAGAACAUGAAAAGCAUGAACUUUGACAAUCCUGUGUACUUGAAGACCACCGAAGAGGACCUCUCGAUAGACAUUGGUAGACACAGUGCUUCUGUUGGACACACAUACCCAGCAAUAUCAGUCGUAAGCACAGAUGAUGAUCUAGCUUGACUUCUGAGACAAGUCUCGACCUUUGAGGUCUAAACCCCACAAUACCCCACAUCCCAGUGGUAACUGAACCAGCAGCUGAAGUCUCUUUUUUCCUCCUUUCUGGAAGAACAUCAAGAAAUCUUAGGGCGGAUCAAGCUUGACUCUUUUAUAUUACUUUUGUAAAUAGUCUUAUCCAUGUUCUACUUCAGCUUUGGAUGUGGUUACUAGGUAUCUGUAACCCUUAAAUUUCUAGACAGUAUUGCCACCUCUGGCCAAAUAUGCACUUUCCCUAGAAAGCCAUAUUCCAGCAAUGAAACUUGUGCUAUAGUGUAUACCACCUGUACAUACGUUGUAUAGGCCAUCUGUAAAUAUCCCAGAGAACAAUCACUAUUCUUAAGCACUUUGAAAUAUUUCUAUGUAAAUUAUUGUAAACUUUUUCCAUAGUUGGGACAAUGGCAAUAGGAUAAAACGGGUUACUAAGAUGAAAUUGCCAAAAACAUUUGUAAACUAAUUUUGUACUUAUGAAUGAAAUCUUUGACCUCCAUGGAGGUUCGCAAAGACUGAGUGUUCAAACUACUGUACAUUUUUUUUUUCAAGUGCUAAAAUAAUUAAACCAAGCAGCUUAA